AUGUACGUAGAGCUGGGAGCGAAGAUGGGUCACAGUUGCCAGAGUCUACCUGAACAGCAGAUGGUGCUCAUUCGUUACAGCUGGGAGUUGGACGGCUCGUUUUUGCUGUACCAUUUUUUGUCUAUGUACUUUCGUGCAAAUGGACGCGUACUUCUUGUGGCUGUUAGUAAUUCGGCGGAACAUUACGAUGCUGUACUGGCGAAGUUCGGUUUCACAGUGAAAAGGCUUGUUGAAAGAAAAGUCUGUUAUGUCAUCGACGUUUUAAAGCUGCUAAGCAGUGGAAGUUGGUCUAACAUUGCCUCUGACGGUCAGGGAAACUUGAGCGAUGUAAAGGAGGAAAAUGUUGCAGAGAUGAACAGUCUUAAGCUUAUGGACGUUCUGUGGAAUUGUCUGUCUGCCGCGAGCAGUGUUAUUCAGCAAGAUCAACAGUCACCGGUGCUUGUUGUCGUUGAUGACGUAUCCCUUCUGAACGACUUCGGCGUACCUCUUCAUCGAAUAAUUGGCUUCCUUCACGGUUGCCGCAAAGUUGCCGGUCCGCGUUCAUGCUUUUGCGUGUCGACUUCGGCCGAGCAACGACAUACACUGCUUUCUGCAUACCUCUCUCACAUGGCCACUUGGCUGUUAGACGUUCGGCCUCUGGGUACCGGCAUGUCAAGUGACGUUCACGGUCAGGUAAACUUUUUUUAA